GCGCAGCACAAGAUUAUUCAAGGCCUUCGUUUUUGAGUACACUGGUCCAAUUCUAAUUCCUUAGCUUUCAUGGCUGAGCUCAAGGUGAUUACCAUUGUUCUACUCCUCGCACUCGUCCUCUGUUCUCGGCCUGUUGAAGCCGUUUUCAACAUCGCCGACUACGGCGCCAAGUCCGACGGUCAAACGGACUCCGCCGGCGCUUUGCUCAGCGCGUGGCAGGCCGCCUGCCGCUCGACCGGCGCGGCCACGGUCUACGUGCCGGCUGGCUCAUUCUUAGUCCGGCGAGGGGAAUUCAGCGGGCCCUGCGAGAGCAGCAAGAUCACGUUCCAGAUAGACGGCACCCUCGUCGCGCCGUCGGGCUAUGGCACCGCCGGAGAGUGGCUCCUGUUCGACCACGUGGAGGGCGUGGAGGUCUACGGCGGCACCAUCGACGGCCGCGGCUCGUCCUUGUGGGCGUGCAAGGCCGGCAGCCACGGUUGCCCCGCAGGCGUCUCCUCGUUGGUGUUUAGGAACUCGAAGGGCAUCACCGUCAGCGGACUGACGUCGGUGAACAGCGAGCUGUACCACAUGGUGAUCGACAACUGCGAGGGAGUGACAAUGCAGGGCGUGAGGAUAACGGCUCCGGGGAGCAGCCCCAACACCGACGGAAUCCACGUGCAGGGGUCGAGCCACGUGACCAUCACCGGCGCCGGCAUCAAAACCGGAGACGAUUGCAUCUCCAUCGGGCCCGGCACCACCGACCUCUGGAUCGAGCAGGUCAACUGCGGCCCCGGACACGGCAUAAGUAUUGGGAGUUUGGGGAAGGGGUACGAUGAGGCCGGAGUGGAGAACGUGACGGUGAAGACGUCAGUGUUCGCCGGAACGACGAACGGGCUGAGAAUAAAGACGUGGGGGCGGCCGAGCGAGGGGUUCGUGAGGGGGGUGGUGUUCGAGCACUCCGUGAUGCAGGACGUGCAGAACCCGAUCAUCAUCGACCAGAACUACUGCCCCGACGACAAAGGAUGCCCUGACCAAAGUUCGGGGGUGAAGAUAAGCGAGGUGACGUACAACGACAUCCAUGGGUCGUCGGCGUCGCAGGUGGCGGUUAAGUUCGAGUGCAGCCCGAGCAAUCCGUGCACCGGAAUCUGGUUGCAGGACAUCAAGCUCACGUAUGGGAACACGCCAGCGGAGUCGUCCUGCGAGCACGCCGAUGGAUCUGCUUCCGGCUUCGUCGUGCCGCCCAGUUGUCUCUGAGGGAACGAUAAUGAAACUACGAAUAGGAUACCGCUAUGGCAUACACGUAGUCGCGUAGACUACUCAAUCUAAUAGGGUAUCACUUGGGGCAAUCUAAUUAAUAGGAUUACUGCUGAGGAGAUAUAUAAUUAAAUAGCUAAAUGUGUUAAAAGUUUUUCAUGAUCUAGUUUUUUUCUAUGGCCUAUAUUAUG